AUGUCCAAUAACUCCAGUAAAAGAGGAAUUUCACCAACUUCUAAGCCAAAUAAAAGGUCCAAAUCUGUAACCCCUACAACUGACGACUCAGUGCUUGACAAUGUCGAACCUUUAACUACUGAAAAAUAUGUGCAUUGUACACAAAUGUCCCUAUCGUCACCAGAUUCUCCAUGUCGCAGCCCCUCUAUCUUUACGUGCAGUAUGCCAACGGUAAGACUGGUUGACAUACAAGACACUAUACCUACGUGCAUUGAAAAGUCAGCACAGUCUACUAAACAGUAUGUGCUACCAAGGCCUAAGUCUAAAAUUUCAAAAACUAAAGAGUCCAAUGGUCCACCUCAUACGCACCAAAAUACUGAUAGAUAUAGUAAUGACAUCCGACAGCUACAAAACUCUCUAUCCGAAAUUAACGGCAAACUUGAGCAAUUAGCACCCCUCACUCAUAUAUGGGGCCUUGAUACAGACAGAAAUCUUGAGCAACUCACUAAAGCUGAGUGUAUUUUGGAGUUUGUGGCUGAAGAAGUGACGAAGAGAGUAAUGUCCUCCUUCAAUGCAGUUGUGUAUAACCUCCCCGACCGCACACACCCAUCUAAGUUAAGAGAUAUUUGCCUUAGAGCAUGCGGUAUGCCGAACGUUAACUGCAAAGUCAUCCGCCUUAGAAAAAAGUCAGACAGAUCAACUUGCCCCCUCUUGUUUAUGUUUGGCUGUUGUAACGAUGCUAAGCAGUUUAUUGAUUUGAGCAAAAACAUUAGCUCACUAAUUCCAUACAAAAAUAUAAAAGUCACUCCAGACCUUACGCCCUGUCAACGUCGUGUAAGAAGACGCGAAGCGAUAGAAUUGAAUGGGAGUGUUACAGUUAAUAAUCAGCCAGAGACAGUUUGCAACACAGCAAAUAGUUUAAAACACACGAACAUUAAGCAUGACACCACUCCACAUACGGCUGAUCACUCUGUUGAUCUAGAUGAGUCUACAGAUCAGAAACCUUUGGAUAAGAUACGGACCCCAACUGACACCAAAAACCAUAACGACAUGACUAAUCCCAGCUGUUCAUUCAGUAAUGUACUAAAAUGUGAGUCGUGUAACAACACACAUCCAACUAAACCUAUACACUUGAAAAUUUGUCCUCCUAAAGACAUUCCACAAGUAGACUUGAAUGAACGUAAGUUCAUCUCACAAAGACAACGAAAGAAUCCUGCUCUGAAAAUAAAGGGUGGGAAGACAAAACUCAUGAUACCGAAUAGGGAAACACGUAAGAUUGAACCCAACUGCUCUAUAGGUAUCCCAAGAACAGUGAACAGGUUCUCCCCGCUGCUAUCGUAUAACUUGCCUUCAACACCUCCAAGUUGCAAAAAGGGUGGUGGGCUUCAACGUAGCAAGCCUUCUUACACGCAGACUAACGAAAACUACCAGAGAACUGGCCACCCAAAUCACCCUCUGAAGCCUAAAACCAUAAAUAAGAAUGGUAAUAAUAGGUUUCUCACUCCACACCCUACCUACAUUCCCCAGGAUCGCAACUGUAAUUACUCUCAGAAAGAAAACUUCUCUCACCCUUUAGUACCGACCCAUCACAUAACAACGGCUCCCAUGUAUAACAACAGUCGCAACUCCUCCCAGUUACGCGUAGCAGACCCCUCUCGCGCUAACGUAAAAAGCCAUAACAGGGGCUACGAGUCUAACCAUCAAGACUAUUUUGUAAAUAACCAUACACUUCACAGUAGGCCUGUACAAGAUUUUUUUGGAAUAAGACCCCUAGUGACACCUCUGUUGAAGCAUAUAGCCCAGGUUAUUUCAAACCACAUGCAAACCAUAAAUUUGUUUCCUCCGUACAGUUUCCAUCACAGAGUACUCCCACCCUUUCCUCCUGGGUAA